AUGGCGGACAGCAGCAGCAGCAACAGCCGGCAGCAGCAGCAGCAGCAGCAGCAGCAGCAGCAGCAGCAGCCGCAACUCCCCAGCAGCAGCACACACACCCCAAAGGCGAAGACCAGCCGCAGAAAGAUUGCCCGUCACCGGCGACACCGCCAGCAGCAGCAGCAGCAGCAGCAGCAGCAGCAGCAGCAUCAGCAGCAACGCCUGCUGCAGCAGCAGCAGCAGCACAGGUGCCAGGCUGAGCCUGAGCAGCAAAUGGCCCCAAUCGCUGCAGAAAUGGAGGCAGCAGCUGCUGCCAUUGCUGCAGCAAAUGGCGCAGCAGCGGAGACAGCUGCAGCCUCGGAAGCAACAGCAGCAGCAGCAGCAGUAGCCGCAGGCGAAGCAAUUCUUGAUGAGUUAUUAGCCCCAGUUGUCAGCAGCAAUGCCAGCAGCAGCUGCAUGCACAGCAGCAGCAGCAGCUUCAUCAGCAGUUGCAUCUACAGCAGCAGCAGCAGCAGCUUCAGCAGCAACAGCGGCAGCAACAGCUUCAGCAGCAACGGCAGCAGCAACAGCUUCAGCAGCAACAGCAGCAGCAGCAGCAGCAGCAGCUGCAGCAGUCACGAAGAGCCCACGGGGAGUCCCCGUGCUGCUUUAUCUGCCUGUGCAUCUCCUUCUGCUGCAGCUGCUGCUGCACCUCCUGGUGCUGCGAUGUCACCGCCUAUUGCUGCUGCUGCUGCUGCGGCCGCUGCUGCUCAUUCUCCCUCUGCUGCUGCAGCAGCUGCUGCUGCAACAGCUGCUGCUGCACAGGGCACUCUACGCAGUGCCCAGGGCCGCGGGCACAAGCGGCAGCAAAGAGAGCAGCAGCAGCAGCAGCUGCUGCUGCAGCAAAGAGAAGGCCAAGACAGGGAGCAGCAGCAACAGCAACAUACUGAGGAAUUAAGCAAUCAGCACCAGCAACAGCAACAGCAGCAGCAGCAGGAGCCACACAAGCGGCGAAGUGUCUCACCACCGCAGCAGCAGCAGGCAGCACUGUGGCAGCUGCAGACGCAGCAGCAGCAGCAGCAGCAGCAGGCUGCAGCACUAGAGUCGGAAUUCCAGCAGCAGCAACAACCCAAAGUGCACAUUGUCCCCCUUAAGCAGUGCCAGCAGCAACAGCAGCAGCAGCAGCUGCAAAAGCAGAAGCUGCAGCAGCAGCAGCGGCUGCAACACCAGCUGCAGGAACAGGAGCAGCACCACCACCAGCAUCAGAACCAGCGCCAGCUGCAGGAGCAUCAGCAGCAGCAGCAGCAACCGCAGGAACAGCAGCAGCAGCAGCAGCAACGGCAGCUGCAGCAGGGAGCUCGUGUCCGGCUGCAGCGCCGUGAAAAAUCGAAGCCGCUCGAGGAGCAGCAACAGGAGCAGCAGCAACAGCAGCAGCAACAGCAGCAGCAGCAGCAGCAACGGCAGCAACAGGAGGAGGGUCUGUUGCAGAAGCAGCUGUUAAGAGACAAGUGGGUGGGGCAAGCUGCCCAGUUAAUUAAACUGAAGCAAAAGCAGCACCAGCAGGAGCUGCAGCAGGAGCUGCAGCAGCAGCAGCAGCAGAAGCUGGAGCAGCAGCAGCAGCUGCAGCAGCAGCAGCAACUUGAGGAUAUGGGAGAUGAGCUUCACCGAGAAAACGAGGCGCCAGGAGUGCAGCAGCAGGAGUUAGGGUCCCUUUCACAACAGCAGCAACAGCAAGAGAAGCAGCAGCACGAGCACGAGCAGCACGAAGAACAGCAGCAGCGCAUCCCGGCUUCGCGCUGCUCUGCUGCUGGUGCUGCUGCUUACUUUUCGCUGCUUUGCUGCAGAGAAGCAGAAAUGAGCAGCAACUUGCAGCAGCAGGAAGCAGCAAAUCUGAAUAGGCUGCGGCUGGGGCUUUCCAACGGCAUAACUCGCACUGUGUCUUGCUACGACUUCCCCGCUGCUGCUGCUGCUGCUGCUGCUGCUGCCGCCGCCGCCAAGGCGGAGCAGCGCGCUGCAGCGGCCAAACAACGAGGCAGGCAGCAGCAGCAGCAGCAGCAGCACAGCACCCUCGGCGCAGCAGUUUCCGGCUUUUUUCAGUGGCUUGCUGCGCCGGCGGAAGCUGCUCAUGCACACCAGCAGCAGCAGCAGCAGCAGCAGCGGCAGGACAGCCGAGGCAAGCAACAGCCGCAGCAGGAGAAAGAGCCGCAGCACAACAGCUUUGACAAGCAGCAGCAAACGCAGCAGCAGCAGCAGCAGCAGCGGCAACAAGCAGCCUUCCCAUGA